AUGCUCCCCAUCUCGACUUUUACAUCCUCCCACCAUCUCAUCCCCUUCGGCUCGCCUGAUAUCCGGCCUACCACCUCAUCAUCCACUGCCACCGACGUCGACGACUGGGCUGCCUUCUUCAUCAUGCCUUCCACCCCUCCAGUCAUCAGCACACCUGACGACAUCUUCUCGGGCCCCUGGAACACCCCACUCGAGAUCCCAGAUACAGCCCCCAUCAUGGCGCACAACUCUUCCUCAUCCUCCCCCACCGACUUUGCCUUCGAGCCACCGGCGGACAAUAAGACCCCUUCUACCGGGUUCAGCUACACGCCCAGCACAGGCAACAGCUACGGUCUUCCCCUCAGCGGCUACUCGUCCGCCUCGUCCUUUUCAUCCUCAGCGUCAGGCUCCUACGGGAGCAACUCGUUCUCGUCGGCAGACGCGCUGCCUGCGAUAUCGCGGGACUUCUCGCGGCCAAGCGUACAGCAGGCAAAGCGGCCUGCUACUGCUGGCGGGCUGCUACAGUCCAGGUCUCCCUUUGGGGGCCAUGUAAACGAGGACAAGAAGGGGAUACCGGAGGAGCCAAGCUUCGUGAACCCUUUCUCAUCCUCGGCGUUCCCGUCUCACACGGAGGCGUUUGAUCCACGGCAGCCCAACCGCCGCGCUUCAGAGGGACAGGGGUCCAACAUGCCCCCACCUAGCUGGCCGGCCCCCGCGAAUCCGUCCUUGGCUUCUGCUCCACCCACACAGGCGUCAUUCGACUCGUAUCCCCAACCCCAGCAGGCCCGCAGCGCCUACAUCGGCCACGCCAACCGGCCGCAGACAUCAGACGGACUCCCCUCAUUCGGCGGUCCUACCCCUCUGCCCUCUGCGCGCUCCGUCGUUGGCUCAUUCUCGAGUCUGACAUCCCAGACUGCUCUGCAACCCCCUGCCCAAAUCCGGUCUUCCUACGAGGACUCGACUCACCCUUUCCGUGAUCGCUCAAACUCGGACGCGCAACCGCCAAGCACUUCCCGCUCAGAGGGCGAGCUGACCUUUGUCCCCAUCGGCGGGCCGGUACCCAAGAAGCGGCCGAGGAGGCGGUUUGACGAGAUUGAGAGGCUGUAUAAGUGCGGAUGGAGCGGGUGCGAGAAGUCGUAUGGGACUUUGAACCACCUGAAUGCGCAUGUGGCGAUGCAGUCACACGGAGAGAAGAGAUUACCAUCCGAAUUCAAAGACAUGCGCAAAGCCUGGCGGAAGAAGAAGCGAGAGGUCACCGCCGCUAAUGCGAACGGCCAAUUCAAUGCCUACGCACGCGGAUCCGUAUCGUCAGAGUCAUCCUACGAUAGGCGGGAAUCUACAAUAUCCAACAUGUCGUCGGCGUCGGCGGCGCGAUUCCCACCCGGGGCGGUUUCCACGGCGUACAAGUACGACUCGCGGCCUACCACAGGCUCAUCCGUCGCUUCUUCCUCGGACGGUCGGUCACAUCACCCCCAAUCUGGGGUCCCCCCAUUCGGGUACGGGCAGGCCAUGCAGACCAUGCCUGCACCCACAUCCUCUCUCCAGGCAAGGCGCGACUCGGCCCCACAGCACGUUAGCAUGCCCUACCAACCCGCGCCCGUCGGUUUCAGGCAAAACGACGAUGGCGUCACCCCUACUCCCCAAAAUCCCUUCCCAUUCAACUUCUCCAUGAACAUGUCGGUCAACCCCAACGUCCCGCCGGAACAUCAACAAUACAUCCAGCAGCAACAACAGCACCAACAGCAGCAGCACCUGCAUCAGCCGCCCCCCGGACAUCAUGCGUACCAACAACACCAACAGCAGCAGCAGCACCAUCAUCAGUCGAUGCGGCCAGGGACGGGCGGGUUCCCAUUCCAGACGUUGACGCAGCCGAUGCCGAUGGUCUGGAUCCGGGUCAUUGAGCACCUUCGCGGUCCGCGAGCUACGCCAAAUGGGCGGAAUGAGCGUUCCAGCAUCCGUGCUCCCGAAGCCGUGCUGAUGAGGGUGAACAAGACUCUGAACAACAUCGUAUCCGUACCGCUGUACAAGACAGUCAUCACCGACCACCUCCCCUCCCUCUUGCACAGCGUCAAGCAGCCCGCUGCUGCUUCUGGCAUUCGGUCCAAAGCGGAACUCCUCUCCCUCACUCAGCACCUCUUCCUGGAAUACUGCGACAAGGGCCCUCCUACCUACGCGAGCCUGCUGUUCCACGGCGGUCCACACUUCGGCCUCGUGGAUCUCAUACGGCCCAUAGAGAGCAAUGCGCCAACCCUCGAGGACCUGAGGACCUGGGAUACGGGGACGGCCGCGAGGUGGAAUCCCCGCAACUCGUCGCGUUCUGCGGAGCAGACCUCAGUAGACGGGGGCCGAUUGCUCAAAAACUACAAGACGGUCUCCACCGGGGCGUAUCUCGGCGGACAGAGGUCUAUCUGGCGCCCAAUCGUCAAACGCCACCCCCCUAAUCCGGAGAUGGUCCGUCGAAUCGACACUGCCCGCACUGCAAUCACUGCCCUCGCCGUCGGAUCUCCAGGCGUAGCGGCAUUCUGCCAGCGGGUGGAGUAUGGCCCGCUCACAUACGCCGUGGCGGUAUGGAACGAGUUUGAGCCCAAGGUGCGGGUCGGGGUGAAGGAGCACCGGUUCCGAGCGCAUGUCAUGCACGACUUGGGAACCACGCCUGCUGUGCUGGCAGGGAGCUCGAGGUGGUACUGCGAGUACAAGUCUCCCGAACACAAUUUCGGUUGGCCGGCGGAACAGCUGCGGGAUGCGGCGGGGGAUCAUAUUCAUGUUAGGGAGCAGUACCGACGGGCACUCGCUUUCGAAACCCAGAGAGCAGGGAUCAUCGAGCACUCCUCCCUCUCUACGGACGUCUAUCUGCCGGGCAGGUUCAUGACGGAGUUUACGCGGGGGUAUAUCAGCGAGUGUAUCGACGAGGCGGUGAUCGAGGUGGAAAAUCCAUCAUAUGGCAGGGAUGGAUCGAUGAAGCGGUCGGCGGCGUCGUAUAAGCGGGAUCAGUGGAGGUUGAACCUUAUCGACGAGGCGCCGCCUUGCGAGGCAUGUGGGUGGUGUGUAGAGGACAUGGAUCCCGAUCCGAAUGACGAGCCUUCACCAAUGUCGGACGGGUCAGAUGUGUAUCAGGCGGACGGAUCAGAUGUGUACAGCGAUACGGAAUCUUCCUAUGCCGUAUCGCAGCUAUAG